GUUCCUCGAGAUGUUUUAUUUGCUUUUCCCCUCUUGGUAAAAGCACACAUCACAUCUAGUUCUUGUGCCACGGCACCAUAGGACACACAUGUAUAAUGGGGGUUCUGGAUCAGACAAAUCUCGGCCUUAUAAGACGCUCGGCGUCUUGGAGCCCAAGUUGUUUGAGUCCAGAACCCCCAUUAUACAUGUGUGUUAACUGCCCGCGAUUGUUGAUCUAGGAUUAUUUUCCAAUUGAACAAGGGGCAUGUCUUGACAUAGAAAAGCUAUGGCCGCGUCAAGGUCUUCAUCUGAUGUGAUAGAGAUGUUUUACGGUCCUAUCUGGCGCGAAGAGAACGCGAGACUUCAGCCCCCUAUAAGGCCCACCAGGGAUUUUGAUUUUCAGUUGGCAAGAACCAACUUCAACGAAUGGCUUCGUGUGUGGAAAAUAACAGUUCCAGAAGCCUAUAAAUUCAAAGCAGACCUUCUGUUUUUAACAGAGACAACGCGGCAACAGUAAAUAGCGUAUUUCGCCGAUUCAUUGAUGAAGUCAAAGGUGAAAUAGAAGCCUGGUCUCAAAGAGGCUCAGGCUGGGCGGUAGAAGGCGUCUUUCGCCCAAUACCAGCCCUUUCGUGGAGGCAGUUACAUGCCGCUGCCCAAAAAGCUACAAAACAAAAAAGCGAUCAUCAACGUCCAAAACCGGGACAACAAGUGCUUGAGAUGGGCGCUGCGUGCGCCGCUGUUCCCACCGACCGAUAGGAACAACGUAUCAAGACCGUCAAGAUACCCCACAGAAGACGGGCUGAAUUUUACAGGAAUAGACUUCCCAACGCCCGCAUCACAGAUAAAUAAGCUAGAAAAACAAAACCCGCAUCUGGCUAGAAGCGUGUUUGGCUGGGAAAAAGAGCGCGUGAUCGUGCAUAGGCUCAGCGAAAAAGAGGGAAGCCUCCCGAGAAUCAACUUGAUGUUGAUACAGAACAACGAAAAAUCCCAUUAUACCUUCGUGAGAAGGUUGAAACCUUUGUUGUAUGACCAAAGAAGGCAUAACAGCGGCAAACAUUUCUGCGAAAGCUGCCUGCACGUUUACACGACAGCGGAGCUGCUGGAAAGGCACAAACCCGAAUGCAUGGGGCAGCUGAAAAGGCCGGCGAGGACAGAGCUGCCCAAAGAUGGCGAAAACAAGGUGAAGUUCAGGAACCACUACAAGCAGAUGAAAGCGCCGUUCAUGGUUUACGCCAACUUUGAGUCUUUGAUAAGGAAGACACAUGGCUGCGCUAAAAAAGGUCAGGCGACGAUCAAAACAGAGGUCCACGAGCCCUGCGGUUUUUUGUACAUAAUCGUGAAAAGCGACGGCCAGACGUACGGCCCGUUCGUGUACGUUCCUAGACACAUUACCGAGCGGUUUGUAUACGCAAAUCCGUAGGUGUCGUUUUUUGCGAAAUGCAGAAUUGUAUCUAGGUAUGUAUACAGGUAUACUUGAUUGUACUGUUAAACUCCCUGAAGAAGUGUGCGCUAGUCACACGAAACGCAUAGGAGAAAAUAAAAAAGUUUUACAACUCAAGUAGUUCGCAGACGUGCUGCUCACUGGUUUUACUUUUAAAAAAAAUCUCCUGAUGCAGGCCAUGGUGCGGGUGCAGAAAAGAGGAAGCUGCUCCUGAAGAAAGGGAUUUGUCCUUGCGCAUACAUGGACAGCUUUGAAAGGUUCGCCGAGACAGAGCUCCCGGCCAAAGUAGAGUUCUUCUCGAAGCUAGCCUGAAAAGGGAUAACAGACGAAGAGUACGCCCACGCGAAGAAGGUCUGGGCCGAGUUCGGAUGCAAAACCGUCCGCGACUAUCACGAUCUAUACGUGAAAACCGACGUCGUGCUGCUGGCAGAUGUGUUCGAAAACUUCCGAAAAGUCUGCAUGAGGAGGUACGGGCUAGAUCCAGCACAUUAUUACACAGCCCCCGUUUUGAGCUGGGACGCGCUGCUGAAAAAGAUCAGCGUAGAGCUAGAGCUUUUGACCGACCUGGACAUGCACCUGUUCAUCGAAAAAGGCAUGCGGGGCGGCAUCUCAAUGGCGAGCAAGCGGUACGCGAAGGCCCACAACCCGCGGGCGGCCGACUACGACCUCGCCAAGCCUUCUAAAUUCAUCACGUACCUGGACGCGAACAACCUGUACGGCUGGGCAAUGAGCCUGCCGCUGCCCAAAGGAGGCUUCAAGUGGAAGAGAGUGAUGCCCACGCAAGAGUAAAUUAUGAAACUGAAAGAAAACCUGAAGAAAGUGGUCUUGGAGGUGGACCUGGAGUAUCCGGAGGAGCUCCACGAAUCCCACAACAGCUAUCCUCUUGCGCCAGAGAAAAAGGCAGUAGGGGUGGAGAAGAUGUCAGAGUAUCAAAAAAGAAUGAUGGACGAUCUGGGGCUGGACUUCCCGAAAAGCGAGAAACUGGUGCUCACGUUGGAGGAAAAAAGCAAUUACGUCGUCCAUUACAAGAACCUGCAGUUUUAUCACGACCAGGAGCCGUGGAUGGAGCCCUACAUCCAGAUGAACACGGAAUUCAGGAAAGAAGCGAUGAGCGAAUUCGAGACCAACUUCUACAAACUGAUGAACAACUCGGUGUUCGGCAAAACGAUGGAAAACCUGAGAAACUACGUCGACGUGAAGAUUGUCCGCAGCUGGGAGACCGACAAGAGCCGCCGCCUGGUACCUAGCCCCUCGUAUACGAGGCACGAGAUACGCGGAAACGACCUGGCGAGCAUCCACAUGUACAAAACGCGGCUGCUCUUGGACAAGCCGAUCUACACCGGCAUGACGAUCUUAGAGAACAGCAAGAUUUUGAUGUACGCCUUCUUCUACAACCAGACGAAAGCCCGAUAUGGGCAAAAGUGCGAGCUGAUCUACACAGACACCGACAGCCUGCUCAUGGAAAUAGAGACGGACGACGUCUACAGAGACAUGGCGGAAGACCUGGUCCUGUAUGAUACAAGCAAUUAUCCCAAAGAGUACCCGCUCUACAGCAGCAAAAACAAAAAGGUGCUGGGGAAGAUGAAAGACGAGUGCGCGGGAAGGGUGAUCGAUGAAGCGGUGGCUAUACGGCCAAAAAUGUAUUCGAUCAUAGAAGAAAAAGAAAAAAAUAUCAAGAAAGCCAAGGGAGUAAAAAAGAACGUGGUAGAAAAAGAGAUCCAGCAUGAGCAAUACAAAGAGGCACUGUUCGAGAAAAAGUAGUUCUGGCACGGGAUGAAC